AUGUCUGUUAACAGCACCACAGCUUCUCUGAGAAUGUCUGUUAACAGCACCACAGUCUCUCUGAGAAUAUCAGUUAACAGCACCACAGCUUCUCUGAGAAUGUCUGUUAACAGCACCACAGCCUCUCUGAGAAUGUUAGUUAACAGCACCACAGCCUCUCUGAGAAUGCCAGUUAACAGCACCACAGCUUCUCUGAAAAUAUCAGUUAACAGCACCACAGCCUCUCCGAGAAUGUCUGUUAACAGCACCACAGCCUCUCUGAGAAUUUUAGUUAACAGUACCACAGCCUCUCUGAGAAUGUUAGUUAACAGCACCACAGCCUCUCUGAGAAUGCCAGUUAACAGCACCACAGCCUCUCUGAGAAUGCCAGUUAACAGCACCACAGCCUCUCCGAGAAUGUCAGUUAACAGCACCACAGCCUCUCUGAGAAUGCCAGUUAACAGCACCACAGCCUCUCUGAGAAUGUUAGUUAACAGUACCACAGCCUCUCUGAGAAUGCCAGUUAACAGCACCACAGCCUCUCUGAGAAUGUUAGUUAACAGCACCACAGCCUCUCUGAGAAUGCCAGUUAACAGCACCGCAGCCUCUCUGAGAAUGCCAGUUAACAGCACCACAGCCUCUCCGAGAAUGUCAGUUAACAGCACCACAGCUUCUCUAAGAAUGUCUGUUAACAGCACCACAGCCACUCUGAGAAUGUUAGCUAACAGCACCACAGCCUCUCUGAGAAUGUCAGUUAACAGCACCACAGGUUCUCUGGGAAUGUCUGUUAACAGCACCACAGCCUAUCUGAGAAUGUCAGUUAACAGCACCACAGCUUCUCUGAGAAUGUCUGUUAACAGCACCACAGCCUCUCUGAGAAUGUCAGUUAACAGCACCACAGCCUCUCUGAGAAUGUCAGUUAACAGCACCACAGCUUCUCUGCGAAUGUUAGUUAACAGCACCACAGCCUUCUCUGAGAAUGUCAGUUAA